AUGGAGGAGUUACAAGAACAAUUUGAUAAAAUAAAAUUAACAUCGGACGCGGAGGUCGACUUGGAAGAACCGGAAAAGAUAUCUCACCGAAAACUAAGACUUAUGAAAAUGAAAAAUAAAAAAGAAGAAAAAAAACUUAAGAAGCAAAAUUUUAAAGGUUCUUCAAACAAUAAAAUUUCAUUGGCUAAUAACAAAGAUAGUAAUGAUAAUAAUUACAGCGAUAAAAAAAGUAGUAACAAACAAAAUGAAGAAAAUAUAAAUGAUAUUGAAGAUGAUGUAAAACAUAAUAAUACGGAUAAACAGGAUUAUUUAGGAGAAAAUACUUCCCUCCAGAGUAAAAAGAAAUAUGAAGUAGUUAACGUGGAAUACUGUAAAGUGUGUACAAUGCCCUAUGAAUACUGCGAGUACGGGAAUGCUUUCAAUGAAUGCAAAGAAAUGAACAAAGAGAAAUUUAGUUAUGAUAUUGUGAGCAAUAACGCAGAAAGUAGCAGUAAAAGGAAGACAAAGGAGGCACCUCAAAAUACAACUCAAAAAAUAACAAUACAGAGAAAAACGAGAGCACGAAAAAAAGUUGUAACAGUUGUAACAGGACUGCAUCAGUAUGUUAAAUUAGAAAAAAUUGCCAAGAUAUUUUCUCGCUUUUAUGCAUGUGGAUCCUCGGUUAUAAAGGGCACUGAUAAUAAUCCUGACCAGAUAGACAUACAAGGAGAUGUAGAACACAAUAUUAUAGACGUGAUAAUGAAAAACUGCCCAGAAUUAACUGAAGAUUGCUUUGUUAUUUUACCCCCCAAAUAA